GUGUGGGCGUGUGUGUGUUUCAUGGAAAUUAUUCACUCUUCCGUUUUCUGCUUUAAUAAAGAUGUCGGUGGUCUCUCGGUGUGGCCUGCAUGAUAAAGUCCCAGCACACUUCCUCCCACUCAAAUCACUGUUUGUUACUUAUUGAACAGAUCAGUCCUCCUGGAGCCAGCUGUAUUUGUUAUUAGAGGAUGGCAGGUGUCAUACGGAUCCUCACCUUCAUUUUGGUUGCAGGACAUCACCUGUCUUCAACCUCACCUGUUCUCCGCUCUGCCCUUGUGGUCCAGGCGGGAGAGAACGUGUCGAUGCCCUGUAACAUGACGUCGUGCACAGAGCUCACCUGGUACCUCAUGCGCUCCGAUCAGCUGCUGCCUCUGCUGACGGUCGCAGAAACUAAACUGAAAACCGUUACUAACACCUUCAAUGCAGCAAUAACUCGCUUCUACAGAAGUGUUGAAAUGGAGAACGGCACGCUGACUCUGCACAUCCUCCAGGUAGAAGAGCAGGACGCCGGGCUUUAUUUCUGCUCCGUACGCUGUGCGGGAGCUACUCGUGUUAACAGAGGAAUGCGUCUCGUUGUUGGUGGAGUGGACGGGGUUUCAGCAGGGCAGCCAUGUUGUAGUGUGUGGAUGUGUGUUCUUCCUGCUGUACUCAUCCUCGGCUGUAUCCUCAUCUGCAUCUUCAUCGCUGGACUCUGCAGGCGCUCAGGUACACUGGCUGUUUGCUGUUGUUGUCCAGUGAGAAGCACCACGAAUCAGAAGGUCACAGAGGAAGUGUCUAUGCACUAUUCCAGUCUGAAGCACACAGACAAGCCCCGCCCUAUUGGCCAAGGAGGAUCAGGAUUGGCAGAAAAGAACGUCAUAUACUCAGCAGUUCUUAAUCGCAAGAACCUGAACAGAUAACUUGACCGCAGAUGUAACAGCUCUUUUUGUACAAGUAUAUUGUGUAAGUAUAGAGCCUUGUAGAAAAGAGACACUGUAUGUUGUAAAGCUAGCAACACUGGUUCCUAUGACUUAAAGCCAAUAUGAUUGUUCUGCUAAAUGUUAUGUUAUUUCAGAAAAUAUCUGGUGCAAACACACAUUUAUGAUACCUUGACCACAAGGUCAUUCUCACAAUGACUGUAAUUGUUUUGGAGCAGUAAAUGCAAUCGGAAGAAGCAAUAAGCUAAAGUUAAGCUAUAAACAAACUACAGCACAGUCACAUGAAUGAAUUGCUGCUCCGCUAAGCUAAAGCCGGCUAAUGUUCAGCAUUAUAACGUUUGGGAGUCUCAUUUAGCCACUUGUUUGCCACCGCCAUUUAAAAAACCUAUUUCAGGCAUCAAACAAAAUACAAACCCUAAAAAAACGAAUUGACUUCCAGACAACACAACCAACUGCGCCAAAAGCUAACUCAUUUCUGGUUCACUGAUUUAAAGACUUUCUUUUUGCAGCACUCAAAAAGUUUGUUCCUUCCAGUUUGACCAGUUUUUUUAGAUUAUGAUCAUUUAUCCCAUCAAUGAAUAAAUAUAGUUUCAGGUACUGUAAAAUAAAUGUAUAUACAAUAUAUAUGCUGGAGAAACAAAAUCACUGUCCUCUCUGCAAUUGUAAUAUUUAAAGCUAUUUUCUGCAUCUUUUUUCAAUAAUAAAAUCCAAUAGCAAUGUAA